CGUGGUCGCGCAUCUCUGAAAUUCUGUAACUCUGCGCGGAUCGCGCGCGCUGCCUUUCACUCAAACUGGACUGUUUGGAAAGUGAUGUUGCAGAGAAGGUCCCCGUGCUCUGCUAUUCACAUGAUAAAGACUUACUUUCAGAGAAUACGGAGGAACGGGAUCCAACGUAAACGUCAAACGUCACGCUGCUCGUUCGGCUCACGCGCGCUUAACUCAAAGCUUUCAAGAGUAUAGGUGGAAGAAACACCACAAGAUAGCAGUUUUAUCAGAUAUAAUCUAAUUGAUUUCUGUCAAAGAUGUCGUAUCUCUUUAAUCUUCUUCCUUUUUCUUUCUCCAGUGUGACCCUCUAAAUUGUUCACAACUUAAAAGAAUUGACUUCAAUGAUGUCGGCUGUUGUGCCCAAAAGGCCACGCUUGUAAACCCAUCAAAUUCAAAGUAGUGCACUCCUUCUUUUGCUCUGUUUGUCACUGUAGCAGGAUGAAGCCCCAGGAUUGAGGACACCUGGCACCUAAUUACCUUAGUGGGUGUGAGCAUAAAGGCAGACUCCCUGGCCUGCUCUCUUCAUGCCUGCACUUGGGUCACACUUCAGUUGAAUGUCUGCUUGGUUAACUUGCAGUGGUCAAACUCAAAAUUCUGAAAUGAAGCUGCCUGAAGCCUCCUGUUUGUACUGGGAUGUGGCAGUAAUUUACCCUUCCCAGUGCAACUUGGCAACAUAAAACGGGUAUGUAUCUUUAUUGCAUUGCACCCAUACAGUUAAACAUCACAAAACGACAAUUAUCUGUACAUUGCAUGUAUUGACAAGUGGAUCCUCCUGCUGUUGGGCCAGAAGGGGCUCUCUGGUGGAGGUGGAGUCAUCCAGCUCUGGUAGGUGACCAUGGUUUCCUCUGCCUUGUGCCAUGUUUCUAAAAAUCACCUAUUAAUCUAACUUAAUUUCAGGUCUAAAGCUGCUGCAGAUUGCUGGAAGCCCUGUUGCUUUGUUUCUGCUUUGUGUGGCCUCUGGCUUUGCUGUGUUUAACUGCUGUGGUUUUUAUCCCUCUUAAUCAAACCAUUGACUUUAAUAACUGGAUGUAUCAGAGGGUAACCUCAUUUUAGCACCCAUGUCUAAAUUGUAGUUUACUUCUCUCUUUUUUUUUUUUUUUUUUUUUUUGUAUUUGCUUUGUUUAACCCCACCCUUUUGUUGCUGGGAGCUGAAGGCUGUGGGGGGCGUCCAGAGGGACUGGACCAUUGUGCUGUGCGAGUGACCAGUGUGCUGUGCGAGUGACCGGUGUUGGGAUUUCUUCACGAUUGAAUGUCUAUUCACAAGUGCUUGGGGUGAUUUAUUUUGAUUUAUUAAUUUGUUUUAGGACCAGUUCCCACAUUUGGACUGCCCUCCCCUGCUGGUAGGCCCCAGUACUGUGCACUUCCCUUCCUAAUGUGCUCCUUGAAUUUUACUGGUUUUUAAAAAGAGAAACAAUAAAAUUAACUAUUUUGUAAUUAAAGGAAGUCUUGUUCUCAUUGGGUACGAACCUAUCUAUUUCCUUGGGUGCAAUUCCCAAGGUGGUGUUGUUGACUUACCCUGCUUUGAAGGGCCGAGUAGCAGCUUCAUCCACUAGUGUUGCCACAUCACCAUGACUCUACCUAUAGACCACAGCACCAUGAAAGCUGUCAUAGAUUACAUCCAUGUUUCAGACCUCACACGUAACGUCACCAAGCUACGAGGGCGGCGGACAGGAAGUAUAAAUAUAUUGAGUAACUGCUGCGGUCAAAGCUGCUGCAUUUUAAAACUCUGAGUGAUGGGAAGGAAAUGCGUACGCUGUUCUGAAGAAGAAGAGUACUUGAAACUUCUCUUUUUUUCACAAGCUAGAAGGCUUCCUGGUUGUAGUUGUUCAGCAGGUUGAGACGAGGAUGGGACACGCUUGGCUUUACGUGCUAUUCUUGUUCGGUUCAGUCAUCAGUGGAUUCGCUCAAGUUUCCAAUCGAGCCACUGUGACCCUGAGUUCAAACUGGCCUCUGAUAUACAAAGGUGAGAAUAUUUAUCUCCGGUGUGAGAUCCCAGGAGGAGAAGGAAUAAGGUGGACAUAUGAAUGGAGACCAACCAGGUUAAAUGAAGCUCAAACAUCCAAGGAACACUUUUUCGUACAUUCAGCUGGUGAGUCUGAUAGUGGAGGAUACAGCUGCAGAGGAAGAAGUGAAAAAGGCUCAACAGACUGGAGCGAUGUUGUCGUGUUAACUGUGUAUCAACUCUCUGUGUUUCCAUCUUGGUUGAGUCCUGGAGCCUCAGUGACUCUGAGCUGUGAGGUUGAACAUCCACCUGCAGGAACCAGGUUCUUCUGGUAUAAAGCUGUUUAUAAUCCAUCAAGCAGAUUCUACAGCUAUGAGCUGCUGCCUGGCAGCUCUGAUGGGACUGAAGAGAAUUUCUACAUUGUUCAUGGACUCAGUAAUACAGCAGGUUAUGUGUGUGAAGCAGGAAAUGGAAAACCAGAAUACAGAGAUCCAAGUUUUGUCUGGUCAGCAGAUCCUCGUCCAGCAGCUUCUCUCUCAGUGAAUCCUGACAGAGUUCAACACUUCAGCUCUGACUCUGUGUCUCUGAGCUGUGAGGGAAACUCUGAUGAGUGGAGAGUGAUGAGGAUUACAGAAAGAGGCCACCUGUUAGACUGCUCCUCCUGGGGGAAAAUGACUGGAUCUACAUGCACCAUUAAACCAUUUCUGUUGAAUAGUGGAGUGUUCUGGUGUGAGUCUGGAUCAGGAGAGUUCAGCAAUGCAGUGAACGUCACUGUACAGGACAGUCUUUUUUUAAAUACAAUCCUGGUGAGCCCUGUUCAUCCUGUGACUGAAGGAGAUCCUGUUACUCUGAGCUGCAGAGAUAAAAAUCAAAAUCUUCUCUCCAAUGUGUUUUUCUAUCACAAUGAUAAACUCAUCCAGAAUGACAGCAGAGAGGAGCUGAAUAUCUCUGCAGUGUCAAAGUCAGAUGAAGGUUUCUACAAAUGUCAACAUUCAGGAAGAGAGUCACCAAGCAGCUGGAUGUCUGUUAGAGUAACUGAAUCCAGUCCUGUCAGCUCUUCAUUUCCUGUGAUGAUCGUUGGACCAGUUGUUGGAGUCGUUCUCUUUAUUCUCGUUAUUCUCCUGCUGUCAUGGUGGCGAUGCAGUCGGUCCAAAAAUUCAUGGUGCAUCAGGUCAGAGGGCAGCAGUCAGAGCUCCUCCACAAAUCAAGAACCCAACCAGAGAGAGAGUCAAGUUUACAGCUCUCUGCUACACGGUGAUACUUCUGAGUAUGAAACAAUCCAGCCAACCUCUAGCAAUAGGAGGCCUGUUAACCCAGAGGACAAUCACAUUUACACAAAUAUGACCAACAGACAACACAGAAUCCAAAAAGAGUCACUGUAGUGAAAAGAAAACAAAAAGGAAAGUGGAGUCCUGCUGCAGUUUAUUCUGAAAUCAGAUCAAGAAAGUUUACAGAAAUGAAUGUUAACUUUCUGGUGGUUCAGAUUGAAAUGAACUGAGUUUUUUUAUUAUUAUUGGAACAUAAAAAAAUCCCACAUCCUCAAAAGUUUCUAACAAAAAUCUGUGAAGGAAGACGAGCUAGCAGACAUUUAAUGAUGCAAGUAGCUCUGCAAUACAAACACAAACAUGUACAGAAAUUGGAAAAGAUACAAUUUAAAGUUUUGUGUGGACUGAAAUCACUUGGCUCAGGUUUUAUUUUAAAAUAACAGUAAGUCCUUUAAAAAUGCAGCAAUUCUCAUGUUUAUUGUUCUCUGAGCAAGAAAAUUCAUUUCUAUGUUUUGUGCAAAGAUAUUAUAUUAUUAGCAUUGUUUAUUUUAUUUGCAUGCAGAAAAAAGAACAUAUUACUUACAUGUAAAAAUAUUUGUGUGUAUUUUUAUUUUUUGACCAUUUUUAGCUCCAUACUUCUUGUUUUAUCAGGACUUAUUUUGUAACGUGUAUAUUUCUCCAUGUAUUGUUGUUGCAUCUCUUCCAUUUAAUUACAAACCCACUGGAUGCAUGUUUUUUACAUGUGAAAUGCAAAAACAUACACAAACAACAACUUAAGAAAGCCAUGACACUUUGAUAUUUUCCAUUUUAUUACACCUGGCAUACAUGUAAGGAGUCAUCAUGCUAAAUAAAGGCAUGUAAACAUGUUUACUGAUUAUGUUUAAUUGAUAUUUAUUGUAAUUAUAUGCUGAAUGUAUUAUUUUUUAAAAAAAAAGAAAAAUGUAACUUUUCUUAUUCAGUCAGGCUUUAUAUUAUUUCCACGUUUGGUAGAUUUAGAUAUUUUUCUACACCCAAAAAUUUUCUUGUAAAAUGAU